AAAAUUUUCUUACUUGAGCUGAAGCCAUAGGUGUUUCCUGCUGUGUUUCUGAAGCCAUUUGACGGCGGCGUUAGAACGAUAAUACCGCGUUUCUCUGUUCCCGUCGUGUCAUUCAGACGCAGGGAUCACGAGGCCACUUGAUGAUGUGGAAAGCGUCUGCAGGCCACGCCGUGUCCAUCACCCAGGAUGACGGGGGAGCCGACGACUGGGAGACAGACCCCGAUUUUGUGAAUGACGUGAGUGAAAAAGAACAGAGAUGGGGGGCCAAAACCGUGCAGGGGUCCGGGCACCAGGAGCACAUCAACAUCCACAAGCUGAGGGAGAAUGUUUUUCAAGAACACCAGACGCUCAAAGAGAAGGAGCUGGAAACAGGACCCAAGGCCUCGCACGGCUAUGGAGGGAAGUUCGGCGUGGAACAGGACAGAAUGGACAAAUCGGCUGUCGGCCAUGAGUACCAGGCGACGCUUUCCAAGCACUGCUCCCAGGUGGACUCCGUCCGGGGCUUCGGAGGCAAGUUUGGCGUCCAGCUGGACAGGGUUGACCAGUCUGCCGUGGGCUUUGAAUACCAGGGGAAAACCGAGAAGCACGCCUCCCAGAAAGACUACUCCAGCGGCUUCGGCGGCAAGUUCGGCGUGCAGGCCGACCGCGUGGACAGGAGCGCCGUGGGCUUCGACUACCAGGGCAAGACGGAGAAGCACGAGUCGCAGAAAGAUUACUCCAAAGGUUUUGGUGGCAAGUAUGGCGUCGACAAGGACAAGGUGGACAAAAGCGCUGUCGGCUUCGAAUAUCAAGGCAAAACGGAGAAGCACGAGUCCCAGAAAGACUACGUGAAAGGGUUUGGAGGGAAAUUCGGUGUGCAGACAGACAGACAAGACAAGUGUGCUCUGGGCUGGGAUCACCAGGAGAAGCUGCAGCUGCAUGAGUCCCAGAAAGACUACGCCAAAGGCUUCGGCGGGAAGUACGGCGUGCAGAAGGACCGCAUGGACAAGAACGCCGCCACCUUCGAGGAUGUCGCCAAGGUGUCCUCCACGUAUCAGAAGACGAUCCCGGUCGAAGCAGUCAACAGCAAAACCAGCAACAUCAGAGCGAACUUCGAGAACCUCGCGAAGGAGAAGGAACAGGAAGAUCGGCGGAGGGCGGAGGCGGAGAGGGCGCAGAGGAUGGCGAGGGAGAGGCGGGAGCAGGAGGAGGCCCGGAGACAGCUGGAGUUACAGGAGCAAGCCAGAGCCCAGAAGCACACCCCGCCGGCGUCCCCCACCCCGCAGCCGGCCCAGGACAGGCCGCCUUCCAGCCCCGUCUACGAGGACGCGGCCUCGUUCAAAGCCGAGCCGAGCUGCAGAGCCCCCACGAGCCAGCCCGAGCCUGUGUACAGCAGGGAGGCCGCCGACUACCGCGAGGCUGGCGGUCAGCAGGGCCUGGCCUACGCCCCUGAGGCCGUCUACGAAACCACGGAGGCCCCGGGCCACUACCAGGGAGAGGAGAACACCUACGACGAGUAUGAGAAUGACCUGGGCAUCACGGCCAUCGCCCUGUACGACUACCAGGCCGCGGGCGACGAUGAAAUCUCCUUCGACCCUGACGACGUGGUCACCAACAUCGAGAUGAUUGACGACGGCUGGUGGCGUGGGCUGUGCAGGGGCAGGUACGGGCUCUUCCCGGCCAACUACGUGGAGCUGCGGCAGUAGACCCCGCCCCGCCCCCGGGCCGCGCCCUCCUCCUGUGGGCUUUGUUCAGGGCGGGCGGGGCGCAUACAUACUGCUUUUAUAUUUAAUACUGUCGGCGAUGCUUUUGAAAACGUUUAUGCCACAGAAUUUGCUAAUAUAUUGUAAUCGUGUUCUUUAGGAGGACUUUGGGAAUGGUUUUUACGCAUUUAAGGUAUUCUCUUUUCUUGCCAAAUUGACUGUCGCGUGGAGCCACUUCAGGGGCCUUUAGUUCCCCUGAGUGCAUGCUGUCCUUGCUGAUCAGCAGGCCAGGCCCCACAACAAACGUGAGACCUUUCACUUCAUCGCCUGCCGCUGUGACGAUGGCCGUGUGGGUGUCACUGUCCCGGAAGGCAGCCCCGUGGGCCCCGGUGCUGGGGGCAGUCGGGGAGGCCGAUGGAAAGGGUGCUGAGGGAGACUGUAGCAGGCACGGGGCUUUAGUGCCAGGAGGGGAGCCUUCUGUACUGCGACAUCCCACUUACUUGAGUUUGGCCCUCGGUCCUUUGCCUC